AUUAGUUUCUGGUGAACUGAACCAAUUUAUUGCGCGGCAUAAUCUGCGUGUAUAUUAUAGAACACUUGAGGCAAGAAUAAAAAAAAGUGUUUAAAAUCGUGAGUGAGGCGAGAAGAGAUCGCUUCAGAGUGAAUGUAUCAACAACGCGGUGUGUCUAUUUACGUAAGACAUGAUUCAGUUGCUUAUAUAAAAAAUGCACUGAACCUUUUGAAAUGAAUUGUACUGCUGUAAGGUGGGAUGAUGCACGAUCAGGCUGAGAAGCACAACAUGUAACGCAUAAUGCACUCAACGUCGCGAGGCAUGACGUACCAGUCAGACGUGUUCAUCGGAGACGACGAUGGGGGAGGUAUGGCAGAGCAUUUAGAGUUCACUGAAGCCUCAAGACUUGCUGACACUCCAGAAAUUCACAGGCGGCAACACAAGGAUCUGUCGCACGUCACAAACUCGCCCAGCUCGUCGCGGGGCUCUGGCAGCACGUCGGUGGACGAGGGUAGUCGUAGAGUGAAUUCGUCGCCGCACUCACGACGAAGCUCCCGCAAAACCGCGUCAGCAAGAUCCGGCUGGGGGCUUCAGAGCCUCUACUCGCGCUUCACCAGGACCUUCCAUAGAGCGUGGCGGGAAGUGCGCUUCAGGGAGAACGACACGGAGGACGUGGAGCUCAACGUGGUACGCUACAAGGUGGACGGCAUCGAAACGCUGGCACGCACCACCAAGUUCACCAAGAAGGAGCUGCAGCUCAUGUACAGAGGCUUCAAGGCGGAGUGCCCUAACGGCAUGGUGAGCGAGGACACCUUCAAGGGCAUCUACUCACAGUUCUUCCCUCAGGGCGACGCCACGGCGUAUGCACACUACGUCUUUAACACGUUCGACACGGACCACAACGGCUCCAUUAGUUUUGAGAAUUUCGUGACAAUCCUGUCAGAGUUAUCGCGAGGCUCGACGACGGAGAAGCUGCGGUGGGCGUUCACCCUGUACGACAUCAACGGCGACGGCUACAUCAGCAAGCAGGAGCUCAUGGACAUCGUGGGCGCCGUAUAUUCUUUACUCGGCCGCAACGCCACGCCCACUGUAGACGAGGCAACCACCAGGAAACACGUCGAUAGAAUAUUCGAGAAGAUGGACAUUAAUGGCGAUGGUGUGGUCACACUGGACGAGUUCAUGGAGAUUUGUCUCUCGGACGAGACGAUCGCCAAUUCGAUGACCAUCCUGGACACAGCAUUUAAUGUAGAAUUACCCCACGCACCUGCCACCACCAGCCCUCACGCAUCUCCAUGUAACGACCACCGCCACAACCCGACGCUGUAUCACCACCAUCACCACCAUCCCUACCAUCCUCACCUAACACAGCCCCUGGCUCACGGCACACCACCUCCCCCACCCCACUGCACCGACACACCGGGAGUAUCAUUCUCCCCCUUGUUGUGCCACCCCCACCACUAUCAUCCUUCCGGCACAACGGCAGCGGGGACAUGUGUCUCGCCCCCUUCCCCCUUGCUAUCAGCGCCAGGGGUGCACAGGUCCCCCCUCCACCACCGUAGCAUGCCGGGGGACCGACGGGAGCUGUUACGGGACUACGCGUGUCUGCUGUAGCGGCCAUAUGGCACACACAGCCUUCACACAUACAAACAGCUGUGUCAAGCUUUACGUACAUAGCGAACACAGCAGAGUAAUACAGCUAAUUGACAACAUUGAUACUUUAAGAGAGUGCAGGUGGCUGGUAAUUGACAACAUAUUAUUCAAAAAUGAAAGACGUCGAGUAACUGACCUCAUAUACGUUUUGAAAAAAUGCACGACGAGCGAAAACUUUGUCAUGCAUGAUGUUAUUGACGUCACACGUCACCAUAUUAAAGUGGAUGAGAGCAUUAGACCAACAUUCAUCACGUGCACAUCAGAUUCAAGUAGUCUUACGACUCAUUUAUGCGCAUAAUUUGACCUGCAGUCUUUCAUCACAAUUAUAUGAGGGGGAGCCAUCAGACCAACGUCGAAGUUAUAUACGACGAGCGAGUGUUAUAGCGUCAUCGCAAGUAUAUGUCUCAUGUUUGCGAGAUACUUUUUGCCAUAGUGGAGCUAUUCAUGAUGUUUGUUUCAGUGAACUAAAAAAUUAAAAUAAUAGUCAGUAUUAAAUGAAUGUGGGAAAGGUUCGUUUAGGUGACUAAGACUAAUAUGAAUCUAUUGGCCUAGGGAAAUCUCGAAAUCUUUUGUACGUUACUAAGUUGUAGUGAAGUAAGCAGAAUCGUACUACGUUAAUUGUUUUGAUGGUUAAAUGGAUAUAAUUGGGAGCGAGGGCAUAAGCUAUGCGAUGGCAUAGAACAUCAUGCGACUCACAUCAUCUGCAUGGACAUCAUAUAUUUGAUGCACCGUAAUGGGAGAGUCACGCCACGCAGCGAGCGCGUGGCCCGCAUCAAUAAUGUGCAUACGAAUAUAGCUCUCAUGCAUUCUGAAUAAUUGAUACGUUAUGUGCCAAGCAUGACAAGAAUGAAUAAUAGUUGACUUAAGUUCUUCAUAUCAGUUUAUCGAUUUGCCAAGUGUUUUCUCAUAUAAAUAGAAAACACCAUAUCGGCACAUGUACAAUGUACACCUGAACUUCGAGCUGGCCAAAGUUCUCCCCGUGUAACACCCCCGUUAUACGUACUGCAACAUAUAUUGAGCUCAAGGCAGUUAGUCGCAUCUAAUAGGCAAAAGCAACACGUUUCAAGCAGCCUAUGAAUGAUCGUUAACUGUAUACUAUAGGUAUAUGUUUCUUUAUAAAAUGAAGUUCCUAUUCAGACACUAUUAGAAAAAUACAAGGAAGUUUUCAAUAAAAGAGAGUUACAAGAAUUUACUGGAGGAAUCCAAGGUUCUUUUAUUAAGGGUUUAACAGUGAAAUCUUACCUAUAUAGAUACGAGAUACAAAAAAUACACUAACCACGUUUGAAGGAUUUAAUGUUUUACUCGCAGCCGCUAUCUGUAAAAUAAGUUAUCGAAUGUCAUCUGAACAACUCAAUUAGGUUGUUCAGUAAUUAUUGACAUGAUGUCUUGUUCUUGGGCAGAAUAUACAUAUAUAUAGACACGUAUAUAUUGUGGUCCAAAGUCUGUGCCAAAUCAACUCGUACAAUUCCGAACGGUAAUAUAGAACGAUGUUUAUAUGUUUUACAAUAUAUAUUAUGCAAAUUAAUCAAACUCCAAAAAAGGUAAAAAUAUAUUACAGUAAUAUGAACGUAUGCAAUACCUGGUAAUAAUAACUCAAUUAGUGACAGUUACCAUACAUGCAUAUACGCGCGGCGAUGCAGAAUGCCAUGACAGUACCGUGACCAUACCACGACCGUGCCUCGACCAUACAACGACCAAGCCGUGACCGUGCAGUUACCAUACCACGACCAUGCCACAACCAAAACAUGCACUAUACCACGUCGACCGUGUCACGAGCUGCUGUAGCCUGUCAGCCGUCGCCUCCACGCCUGCCGGUGUCGUUCAAUACAAUCACCGUAAAUGCAACGGCGAAGAAUGUACUUGAGGUUUCACUGAUUCACCACAGACAUGUAACCUCUACAGCGUUUUCAGACAUGUAACCUCUAGCGAAAGUGAGGUAUGAACCCCCAUUUCUCAGCAAUUCACAUGGCCUUUAUAACCAAUUUAAAUUCAAUUGUUACGCAAUUCAAAAACGAAACCUUGGAGGCUUUUCUGAUCACUAAUAUUUAUGAUAAAGCCAUGAACUGCUGCCGCAACAAUUGUUCGGAACAGAAUAUAGAUGAAUGUACAGCGGUUUGAGACACGAAGAUGAUAUGAGAGCUACGUAAUAUAGACAUAUACAUGCAUAUGCUAUACCAUGGCAACAUUAAACGCUUGGAGAUAACGUACUGGAAACUGAAUUAAUUACGAGCACAGUGUGGACAAAAGAAUGUUAGUCGAGUGAACGAUGUAACACAUUAACUGUAAUCAAAAUAUUUUAAGAAGUAGUAAAUUAACGUUAACUCGCGCAGUGCAUUUAUAUACUUCAGAGUGGCCAAUAAUUUAUACUGAUGUUAGAUUACAGAGGCAUAGAAUUUAGUCUGGAUUCAUUUAACAAAUAGAGUCUAUGUAUUUAUUAGUGUGUUGAUUGGUUUUAAAUGAAUCGUUAGUUAAUAAACGAAGUAAUGACGCAAUCGAAACGUCCAUUGAUGUAGCUCUCAAUAUUAUAGUCAGGUCCCAAUUUUAAUAAAUUAUACGUUAUAACAUUUUAUAUGUCUGGAUACUUGAGUUCUUAUAACUAUCAGCGAACAUAACUGUAAUUGUUAUACAUAACACCCUAAUUAAAUAAUUGAGCUUAAAACUACAAAGUUUAAAGUAAACAUUGUCGGUCACGUCCAACAUGUACACAUGCAUAUAUGAUUGCACGUGCAUGGAUCGUGCGGGCUGCUCUAAAACAUCGAUUAUUGCGAAUUUAUUGCGAUAAAUUGCAGCAACAUAUGGACUAAAUACACUACAUAUUUAUACAGCGGUUCGGAUUGCCUGUCUUUAGCAGGUAUAGAGCAUUAGCAGCGGGUUGCUAAUUGUCACAAGUUUACCCAUAUUUUCUUAGUAAAUAGCCAUAGCACUCUCAUGUGUUAAGUUAUAAUGCAUUGCUACUGCAUGUGGCGUACUAUAUUCGGUGCGCUGUCUUGUAGAUCAUUAACUGAAAUAAUGUAUGUGGUCUAACAUUUAUCGGUUGUUCCGAGUAUUACGAUUAUGGGUUUGUUAAACAAGCGUAAUCGCAUGGUGCAUUUUCUACGGAUAUCUUUAUAGGGUUAAGAAUAUGUGUAUGUAUUUCAUGGAUAAGAAAACGUAUGAGUAAGUAUAUCAUGAAUGAGAAAAUGUAAGUGUAUGCACGUUAAAAUGAAAAAUUGAAAGUGUAUUAUGUUUUCUAGAAUUCUGUAUACGUGUGUACACAAAAUGUACCAGUACUAAUACGACGAAUAAUGUUCCAUGCUGUUAAAAACACACAACUACGUAUACAGUUAUCACUGUUGUUCUUUUGUGUAAUGUUAGUAUCGAGAGCUUAUAUACGUACGGUAUUUAAUGACAUAUAAACGCUGCACCUGAAAGCAAGCAAGUAGCUGCAUGCAUGCAGGUCGGGAAAAUAUUCAUUGAUUCUCACCCACGAAAUUCACUCAAAUUAAUGUAAGCAGCAAACAUGCUGUAUGCGGUCCAUAUAUUAACGCCUGUUUCUCAUGACAUUGCCGGAUAAUGAUAACUGUGAUUGAACAUUUGACGUCAGCAAGGAAUAAUCGACGAUUGUAUGCGUCACAUCAAAUAACGCAGCGUAAUCGUACGUUAUACUUAUACAGGUCCCAAUAAGAUAAUUCAAGAUGUUGCUGCUUUGCAAUAUUUUUCUAUGUGCACAAUUGAAGUCGAGUAAAAUGUCCCUGAAUUAGGAAGAUAGUGUAUUUAUUUUACGUCCAUCCAUAAUUAUUGCCAAUUAGCUGGCCAAAGCAAGAGUGUUAACAAAUACAAAUAUAUUAUAUCAAACGAGAAUUUUUGACUAUUUUUAAGACUAAUUCGAUGUAUUAAUUCAAUAAA